AUGGAUGAUUUGCAAGAUCAACAUGAUGAUGUUUUGGUUGAAGAUGAUAAUGAGAUUGUCACCGAGUCCGCGAACUUAGUGGAAGGCGACACAUUAGUGGGAGAUGAUGUAAAUGCGCCUGAGGUGGGUAUGAUAUAUAAAGAUGAAAAGGAUAUGUGUGACUUCUACAAAAAGUAUGCUUAUGUCAUUGGUUUUCCGGUUAAGAAACGGAAUUCGAAAAAGGGGGAUGACGGAGUUAUGAGAUAUGUAACGUUCACAUGCAGUGGUGAAGGUCGAAUACCUGGUAAUAGUGGCAAUUUAGUGAAGCCACAACCGAUAGUGCAGAUGGGUUGUAAAGCCAGGAUAUCUACAUCUUGUGAUAUUCUUGGAAACUGGAGAAUUAAUACGGUCCAUCUCGAGCACAAUCAUGAAACAAGUCCAUCGAAGUCCAGGUUGUUCCGAUGCAACCGAUACUUGAGUUCAAAUGUGAAACGAAAGCUUCAAGUGAAUGAUCUGACAGGAAUUCCUUUGCAUAAAAGCUAUAAUUCUACAGUUGUAGAAGCAGAAGGAUAUGAGAACAUGACUUGCAUUGAGAAAGACUGUCGGAACUAUAUAGAACAAGUGAGGCGAUUAAGACUUGGAGAGGGAGAUGCUGCAGCAAUACAAUCAUACUUUUCAAAAAUGCAAGCACAGUGUACAGGAUUUUUCUUUAGUAUAGAUUUGGAUGAUGAGUCACGACUUAGAAAUGUAUUCUGGGCAGAUAACAGAUGUAGGCAGGCAUACAGGGAGUUCGGCGAUGUGUCCAGAGAAGACUAUGAAGAUGGGUGGAUUGCAACGAUUGAUACGUAUGGUUUGCAUGAAAAUGAUUGGCUGUCAGGAUUGUACGAGAACAGAGAGCGUUGGGUUCCCUGUUUCUUGAAAACCAUUUUCUGGGCAGGGAUGUCAACAACGCAGAGAAGUGAGAGCAUGAAUGCCUUCUUCGAUGGGUAUGUGCAUUCUAAGACUUCAUUAAAGCCGUUUGUCGAACAAUAUGAGCGUGCAUUAAGGAAUAAGGUUGAGAAGGAAUUCCAAGCUGAUUUUAAGUCAUUUUCUCAAAUGGUACCAUGCGCAACACAAUUCGAGAUGGAGGAACAGUAUAGAUCGGUUUACACAAUUUCAAAACUCAGGGAAGUUCAAGAAGAGUUCACGGGAAAGGUAUACUGCGAUGUCGCAUCUACAACAGAAGGAAGUUCUUAUACGACCUAUAAUGUACGGGAGUGUAUUAUAUACGAAGGUGGUCGUAGGAGGAAAACAUUCGCCGUCUCAUUCCAGAGAGAUAAAUGCGACAUAGUUUGUAGCUGCCGUUUGUUCGAAUUUCGGGGAAUACUGUGCAGGCAUGCUAUCACAGUGCUUAAUUGCAACGAUGUCACAUACAUUCCAGAUAGAUACAUACUGCGGAGAUGGAGGAAAGAUGUUAUCAGAGCACACACGAGGGUGGCAGUAAACUAUGCUGGGUUAGUUAGUACUCCCUCAUAG